AUGUCUCGCUCAAAAGCACCCAUGGCCAUCGGCCUCGCCGCUGCCGGCGGCAUCGGCUAUUAUCUCUACUCGACAGGCGGCUCUCCCCGGGCAGCCGAGAAGAAGUUCGAGAGUGACGCGCACCACAUGGCGGCCAAGAUCAAGGGCGAGGCCCCGCACCGUUCGACAGACGUCGAACACGAAGGCCGCAAGGUGGGACAGGAAGUCGGCGCCAAGGUCGACAAUGCUGUUGAGACAAUCAACAGGGACAUGGCCAAGGCCAAGAGCGAGACCGAGUCCUACGCAAAGGCGGCCAAGGCGGACGCGCUGAAGAAGGUUGACGAGUUCGACCGCAAGGUGGAGGAGGGCGCCGCCAAAAGCAAGAGCUAUCUGUCGUCGUGGUUUGGCAGUAAGUGA